UGUUUCAGCCUGUGAGACAGGACGUGAAUCACAUUAUAAUGGACUGAGUUGACAGAGACAAGAGUAAAGAGACACUGUAAGAACCAGACGGAGCGGAGAACAGCAGUGGGAUCACGAAGAGAGACAUCACAUCCUGGAAAGGAUCCAAACCCCUUCUAGCAUGAGAAACUUGAGUCGCUCCUACUUACAUCCAGCUAUCAAUGACACAAACCCCGAGGAUGACAGCGUGGUAAGCAAUGAUUUCUCCACAACCUUGGGCGCCAUCAUCCUCGGCCUGGUCUUCCUCCUGGGCGUCCCUGGCAACUUCUUCAUCGUCUGGAGCAUCCUGGCACGCAUCCGACGACGCUCAGUCACCGCCAUCCUCAUCCUCAACCUGGCGUGCGCCGAUGGCUUCCUCAUGAUCCUCACCAUCUUCUUCAUUGUCUACCUGGCCAAGCAGACGUGGGUCUUUGGUAACGCCAUGUGUAAAGCCCUGUUCUACCUGUGCAACUCCAACAUGUACGCGUCCAUCUUUCUGAUCACACUGAUGAGCGUGCACAGGCUGGUGGCUGUGGUGUUUCCAAGGAAAGUGUCCUUCUUAGUCACCAGGAAGAUUGUGAGGAGGGUGAUCGUAGCCAUGUGGGUGCUGGUGAUGGUCAUUGCCAUCCCCUCACUGGUGUUUCGGGACGUGAGAAUGGACAAAGAUGAGAGGAACAAGGAAAGACUGGUGUGUGCGCCCAAUCACACCCUUCCGCGACAUGUGCGUUUCCAGUAUGCGUUUGAGACAGUGGUGGGAUUCAUUCUUCCUUAUGCAAUCAUCAUAACCAGCUACGUCCUCAUCCUGAGGCGCCUGAGGCAGACCAAAUUCAAGCGAAAGGUCCGCAGCGAGAAACUCAUCUUGGCCAUUGUGGUGAUGUUUGGCGCCUUCUGGCUGCCGUACCAUGUCAUCAACAUGAUCCAGGUCGCAGCUGAGUGGUACCCAGAGAACUCACCGACAAGAGAAACGCUGGACCACAUCUCUCAGUCCAGUCGUGCAGUGACCUCAGCUCUGGCUUUCAUCAGCAGCUGUGCCAAUCCUGUCCUCUACACCUUCGCUGGGAAGUCCUACAUAAAGCAGAAUGGCUUCGCCUUCAUGGCUAAGCUCUUUGAGGGCAUAUCGUCAGACCAAAUAGGAAACAAGAAGAGUCGGAUCAAAGACACUAUGGGAACCAGUAAUGUUGACUCUUCAAACAGCACUGGGGCUUCUACUGGACAAAAUGGGAGAUGAGGAUGUAAUGAAACACGUAAACCUACGUAUUGAAUGUGUGGAUUUUGGUUAAAGCAACACUUGAGUCUGACUUUGUUAAGCUUAAAAAAGACAGACAAACCCAAGGCACCAGCUUAGAGCUGAACAUUAAGUGUUUUGUAUUGUAGAUAGAAUGUGUUGAGACAUAAGUUUAACUGAAAGUCAGUGUUACAGCCACAAGAAACAACAUUGUUGGAAACACGACCUGUAUAUCAGAACUGUAAAUACUCUGUUUUUACAUUUGUAUUGUUUUUGUAUUUUGUGGCAGAUACAGACAGUAACACUUGAAAAAAAAUGCAAUUUAUAAUAAGAAGAUCUACUCAGGGAGAAAAACACAAAGGUAACACUUUACUUUAGGUCCCUAUACUUGGCAUUUACAUGGAGUAGAUAAGCAUUGCAAAAAUGUAAUGUAAAAAUGUAAUUUUACUCAUCUUUUACUGUUUUACAGUUCAUCAAUGAUUUAAAUUUUAUCAUUUGAUGUUUUGAUUUUGUUUCAAUUUCUGUAACAUGGGAUUUUUUCCCAUUAUGCAGUAAUGAAAAAUUGUUACCCGCAUUUUGAAUUGCUGUUGUUGCACAACAUAAAUCUCAGCUUCAGUGUAGAGUCAAGGAUGAUAUGUUGCUUGAGCUUUUAAAGCACUGUACUAUAAGCUUUUUUUUUUUUUUUUUUUUUUUAAAUACAGAUAUUUUUCUUAGUUUUUUAAGAUAUGCUAUUUCUAAGAGUCAGCAUGUAAUUUUAUUGUCCAGUGACACAGACAUUUACUGCUACUUGUGAUUAGGAUUUUUAUCUUCAAAUUAAAUCACCAAUACACUG